GCUUGCACAAGCGGGUGGCUUCAUGGCUCGACCAGCAGGAACACUGUGACACCCGUGCAGCUUCGACCGGCGAAAAGGACGGCCGGCUGCAGCCAGCCAGCCUGGAGGAGGCGCUGCAGGACUGUGCCGCGGCGGUGUCGAGGCUGGAGGGGCUCCCAGCGUCAGCAAAAGGCAAGGGCAUCCAAACGGCAGGCACCUGCGCGAACGAGGAGGCUUGGGAGCCGAACACAAGGCACUGCAGCCUUUGCUGCGCGUCCUUGGGCAAGA